AUGAGCACCAGGGACCUGAUCGAAGGCGAGGCCAUGCUGGACGACGAGGAGAACGAUGAGGAAUUCGACGAAGAAACCGGAGAGCCUCUGCACGGACCGUCCACAGGCAAGGUUCCCUCGUACAAUGACUCCAGUGAGGAAGAUGAUGAAGAGGAAGACGACGAGGAAGCUGCUCGCGCGGUCCGGGAAGGUUUCAUCGUCGACGAAGACGAAGAGAUUGAAGAACGAGCAGAACGCCGCCGAGAACGAAAAAAGCGCCGUCGAGAAGAGCGUGAGCGUGACGACGUCCACCUCGACCAGGAAGAUCUCGAUCUCAUCGGCGAGCAGAAUCCGAAUCUCAAACCCCCGACUACAGAAUCCAAGUUCAAACGCCUAAAGAGAGGCCACAAAACCGAAGCCCCCACCGAUGUCUUCAACUGGGACGAAGAGGAAGAAGCCGACUAUGGCAGACCUGUCCACCGUCGUCGCGAGGACGAAAUGGAGGGUUUCAUCGAAGAAGACGAGUUUUCCGAUGAAGAGCGCCAGCGUAUAGAAGACGACGAAGAGAUUGCCCGUCCUGUCCGAAAGGGAAUUUCCGGGCUUGCUAUCACCGAAGCUACCGGGCUCGACGAAAACUCCCUCGAAGAUAUGCGCGCCGCCUUUGGAGACGGUACCGACUAUCUCUUUGCCCUCGAAAUGGAAGAAGAUGAGGAAGAGCAACAGGAAGAAGAAGAAAAACGCCUCGAUCUGAAGGACGUCUUUGAACCCACCCUGCUGGCCGAGAAAAUGUUGACGGACGAAGACAACGAGAUCCGUUUCACCGACGAGCCAGAACGCCAUCAAAUUGCACGAAAGCCGUACAAGGGCCUUGUUCUUACCGAUGACGAAUUCCGCGAGGAAGCUAUUUGGAUAUCCAAUUUGAUGCUCCUGAGGAAGCAACACAUAAUCGAAGACAAUUUGCAAGAGCCAUUCCAGCGUGCGGUUGCAAAAGUGUUGGAAUUCAUGGUCACCGACGACUUUGAGGUCCCUUUUAUUUUCCAACACCGCAAGGACUACCUUAUUCACGCCGCCAAGGUUCCUUCGUCGCCGGACCCAGGCAACCCCGACGCCCCAGAAUUCGUGGUUAGAGCCCAAAAGCUGCUGAACAUGAACGAUCUGUGGGACAUUUUCGAACACGACCUCAAAUUUCGCGCUUACAUCGAUAAACGACACACCCUGCAAAAGACCUACCACAAGCUCCAAGACAUGAAAAUCGACGACGAAAUCGUUGAUGAGAUGCUCUCCUCUGCAACUACCAUGGAGGAGCUGCAGGAUAUCCAAGAGUACAUGCACUUCCAGUACGGUCCUCAGAUCAAGGAUAUUUCUCUGUCCGAUGAAGCAAACGGCGAUGUCGACGGUGAAGUGAAUGGCAAUGGCAAUGGUCAACCCACGCAACGGCGGAAAGCAGGUGCCAACACUCUCUUCGAACGAAUCCGCAAAAGCAGUGUCUAUCACCUUGUUCGUGCCUUCGGCAUCACUGCAGAUGCCUUUGCGCAAGCCGCAUCACAGAAUCGUCGUGGACAGUACGCCGAGGAUCCUGAACAGCCGCCGGAGGAAAUCGCCGACGGUGUUUUGGAUUCCGACUACUCCAACUCGACAAGUGCUCUUCGUGCUGCCAAGGCCAUGUUUAUCGAAGAGUUGGUUCUCAACCCUAGAAUGCGCAAGGUCAUCCGCGAGCAAUGUUACAGAAACGGCGUUGUCGACUGCUUCCGCACAGAAAAAGGUCUGCGACGAAUUGAUGAACAGCAUCCGUAUUACGAGUUUAAAUACCUGCGUGACCAGCAACUCACAGACAUUGCACGACGUCCAGAACUGUUCUUGAGCAUGUUGAAGGCCGAGGAAGAAGGUUUGGUCAAUGUCAAAGUGACCUUCCAAAACUUUGAGCGGUACCGCCGAAGCUUAUACAGCCACAUUGAAUCGGACAGCCAGAGUGAUGUGGCUGAUGCCUGGAACCGAGAGCGACGCGAUGUCCUUGACGCUGCCCUUGGCAGGCUACUGAAAUUGUUGACUCGCAGCGUGAAAGAAAACAUUCGACAGAACUGCGAGAACAACGUUGCCAAAGACCUCCGCGAAGUCUUUUCGAACAAACUUGACCAGUCUCCGUACAAGCCAAAGGGUAUGGUUCUCGGCACCGUACCCCGAGUGCUCGCCUUUUCCAAUGGCGAUGCCCCAGUCGGCGGUGACCACUUUAUCCACUGGGUAUGGGUUGAGGAGGAAGGUCGACCGCAAGAGCAUGGAAAACUCGCAAAAUUACAGUUGGGUGACCCCGAACGCGGUGUUCCAGACGGCUUCGAUGUUGCUGCAUUCGUCGCCCUUGUUCGUCGUCGCGUUCCAGAUGUUAUUGCGGUCUCGGGUAAAUCGCCUGAGACCCGGAAGCUCUACAAGUUACUGUCUGAUAUUGUCGAGCACAAGGACCUGCGAACGGCCCCCUAUAGCGUGGGUGAGGGCAAGGAAGCAAAAGAGAUUACUGAUCGGCUAGAGGUUGUAAUGGUGAACGAUGAAACUGCUCAGCUAUAUGCUCACAGCCCGAGGGCUGCCACCGAUUUUCCAGUCAAGGCCGACUGGCUUACGUCUUAUUGCUGUGGAAUUGCUCGAUACUUGCAGAAUCCACUGAAAGAAUAUGCCGCACUCGGAAAAGAUUUAGUUUCUAUUCAGUUUAUCCCCGGUCAACGAUAUCUUGCCGAAGAGGCUGUCAUGAAGCAACUGGAGAGUGCACUCGUUGACAUGGUCAACCUCUGCGGUGUUGACAUCAACGACGCCGUGAGUGACACGGGAGCACAGAACCUCUUGCAAUAUGUAUGCGGUCUCGGUCCUCGAAAGGCGUCACAUCUGGUAAAGAUUGUCAAUAUGAAUGGUGGCACUGUCAACAACCGUGUCGAGUUGCUCGGUGUCGAAGCACAGUACCCAGCCAUGGGAGUCAAAGUGUGGAAUAACUGCGCCAGCUUUCUUUAUCUCGAUUGGGAGAAUGUCGAAACCGAUGCUGACCCGUUGGACAACACUCGAGUGCACCCUGAAGACUACGAUAUCGCCCGUAAGAUGGCUGCUGAUGCGCUGGAGCUCGACGAAGAGGAUAUCAAAGCAGAAACGGACGAAUCCGGUCCCGGCGCGAUUGUUCGCAAGCUUCUCAAAGACGACCUCCAGGACCGUGUCAACGAUUUGAUUCUUGAAGAAUAUGCCGAACAGCUCGAGAAGAAUCUGAACCAACGCAAACGAGCUACACUGGAAACAAUUCGAGCCGAAUUACAGCAACCGUAUGAGGAGCUGCGAAAGCAAUUUGUCUUCCCGAGCACGGAUGAGAUUUUCACUAUGCUCACAGGAGAAACCAACGAAACGCUGGCCGACGGCAUGAUUGUGUCGAUGUCUAUCAAACGAAUUGCACCAGACAACAUCCAGGGCAAGCUUGACUGCGGUGUAGAAGUGUUGGUGCCCGAGUCGGACAUCACAGACCGGCAUGAUAUCCCGCCCAAGGCUCUUUUCCAAAUCCACCAGUCUGUGCAGGGAAAGAUUCUCUACUUGAACAAGAAGACUUUUACCUGCAAUAUGAGCCUCCUGGAAGAGAAAGUAAGCCGAGGCUACCAGCGACCCAUUGAGCGGCCCCGUGGUGAAUGGGACGACCGGCAGGAGCAAGAGGACAGAGACUUGCUGCAGGAAAAGACCAAGACCGAGAGCCGUUUUGUGCGAGUGAUCAAACAUCCUCUGUUCAGAGCGUACAGCUCCAAGCAAGCAGAAGAAUACCUGGGAGGACAGAACCGUGGCGACUGCGUGAUCAGGCCGUCUUCCAAGGGGCCUGACCAUCUUACAGUCACAUGGAAGGUGUCGGAUGGUGUGUACCAGCAUAUUGAUGUGCUGGAGCUGGACAAGGAGAACGAGUAUUCCGUCGGCCGGAUUUUGAAGAUUGGCGGGAAAUACACGUACAGCGAUCUGGACGAGUUGAUUGUCAGCCACGUGCAGACCAUGGCGAGGAAGGUAGAUGAGAUGAUGGCGCAUGAAAAGUACCAAAACGGCACUCGCGCCGACACCGAAAAAUGGCUCACAACCUACACCAUGGCCAACCCUAAGCGCUCCGUCUACGCCUUUUGCAUCAACCCCAAAUACCCAGGCUAUUUCUUCCUCUGUUUCAAAGCCGGCCAAAACGCCGAACUGCAGAGCUGGAAUGUCAAAGUCAUCCCACAGGGUUAUGAGCUUCAGCGCAACCCGUACCCGGAUAUGCGCGCGCUGUGUAAUGGUUUCAAGCUGCUGUUUACGAAUAUGCAGGUUGGCCGGGUUGGACAGGGUAUACCGCGGAGGUGA